GCGGGGCGGGCGAGCCGGUGAGAGAGCGGAACGUUCCAGGAGCGGAAGAGCAGAGAGCGGCGUCCCGUGACUGAAGGCAGGAGUUCGGAUUCAUCUGGACUCGUUCGGAACUCUCGCAGCAGACGGUCUCGCGGUUCUACCUCGCGGUUCUACCGGAACAGCAGCUCCCCGAGAAUCCACGGCGAAGCGCCACCGUCCGCUGGGCUCUGUGACAAUCCGAGGGUCGGUCAUGUUCAGCCUGUGCCUCGUGCUCGCGCUCGCGGCCUCAGUCCUGUCCGAGUCGCAGGUCAGGGAGACGGAGACAUGGAUGCCCAUGAAGUCAACGGCGGCGAUCGGCAUGUCGACACACCGGGACGACCUGGAGGCAUCGGGAGACUCUGAGGACGGCGCCGACUUCAGCUUCACCGACGAUGAAGACUACGACAGCUAUGGUUUCUCUGGAUCUGGAGAUGAAGAAACACCCGAGCUUCCGACUGCAAAGUCCAGACCGUCAGUCCGGCCUGACAUAAACGACAAUAAGAUCCCUGAGCUGGACCCCCCAGUGCUCCCUACCAUCAAUGAGAUGGAUGUGAUCAAGGAGAGCAACGAGAUCCCCGGCUUAAAGAAGAGCAGGGAGUCCAACGUGAGCAUGUCCCACGCCGGCGAGGACAGCAUCCUCAACAAGACGGAGGUCCUGGCAGCUCUGAUCGCGGGCGGCGCCGUCAGUCUGCUGUUCGCCGUCCUCCUCAUCCUCUUGCUCAUCUACCGCAUGAAGAAGAAGGAUGAAGGAAGCUACGAUUUGGGGAAGAAACCCAUCUACAAGAAAGCCCCCACCACAGAGAUCUACGCAUAGAUGCCCCUCCCUCUCGACCCCCUCCACAUGCACCCCCUGCCCCCCAAACGCCCCAUCCGGCCCUCAUCCGGCCUCACAGUGCCUCGGCGUGGGUGUUCUCUCACCUCCUCAGAACAGGAAGAAUCAGAAAGGACUGACUCCUCCCACCCGACACCUUUCUGGAGCCGCAGGAGGCGGUUCCCACCGCGGUACGCCAUAAUGCCUCUAGAUGAUGUUUAGAUUCUUAUUCCCACGAUGAGACGAGGAAACAGAAGACUCUUCCUCCUCCUGCAGUCAAACACUAAAGCUUUUAUUUAUUCUCCUCUGAACGUUCUUGUGUGAUCGGUUUUAUUCGACUUCCAGGAGGAGACGGCGGAGAUUCUGCAGCAGCUCCAGGUGUAGUUUAGACUCAGACUUCCUGUGAAAGAAGCCGCCACCUCCCGGCGUGCUUCUGUUCUCCCGGUGCAGCAGUCUGUGGGUCUGAGUUCAGCCAAUCAGGAGCAGGAGAGUUCUCAUGACCGUCAUGCAGAUCUAGAGCUCCAGCGUGAAGAAACGCCGUCUGAGAGCUGCUGAACGUCAGACCUGGAUGAGCACCAAUCAAACCUUCCGUUUCUGUUCGCCAAUGAGCUUCAGCUGCCUUAAUGUUGGAAAUAUCCCUGCAUGUCCAGCAUUCAGUGAGGUGUACCGACCGGCGCCGCUCGCCGUCCUGCUUUCUGUCGGACUGCAGGACUUCUCAGCUUUUGUUUUUGUGGAGAAUAAGCUACACCUGCCGUCUCCUCCAC